UUUUUUUUUUUUUUUUUUUUUUUUUUUUUAGCUCUCGACGACGAGAGACGCUCUUCUCUUUCUCUUCCGCCAUUGUUCGUUCGUUUUGUUCCUUCUCGACGGUAAGCUAUAUCCCAAUCGGAACUUCGCGAACUCCUUACCAAUCGAAUCCACUUUCAAAUUCUGCUUUUUCUUCUCGUUUCAUCAUCUUCUUCCUCGGGCCUCGAUUUCGAUUUCUAGGGUUUUGGCUAAUUCAGAUCACAAGUUCUGCUUCAAUUUCAAGCGAUUUGAUCACGAGGAGCUCUUUGUUCGGUGCGUAAUUUAGCUAAUUUUUCUGAGAAACCUCGAGGUUUAGUCUCUGCUAUUCUGAUUUUGAACACGGCUAGUUAGCUAGAAGCAGAAUUAAGAGUUCGUCAAAUUAGGAUUUGGGGGAUUUUUUUUUCUGAGCCUAGUUAAGAUUGGAAUUGACUAAAUGGCGGCUGGGAGGAGUGUAAGAUAUCCUGACCAUGAACUGAGAGACCAGGAGUCGAAUUCUAGAUUCUCCAGGCGGGAUAGUACUUACUCCAAUGAGGAUUAUGACCAUGUUAGGAACGGUGCUCUUGAUAAUGAAAAGGGACGGGUUAGUAAUCAAAGACACGGGGAUAGCGGUAAAGAUAGAGAUAUGAUUAGGUCCGGAGCUAGACAGAAAGAGAGAGGAAUGGUUAAUAGUGGGUCUCGGUUAUCGAAGAGCAAUCCAGGUAUUAGGGAAGUCUUUAUGGAUCGUGGUCCUAAAAGAUGUGGGUUUUCAGCUAGGUCUGUGGAUAGGGAACCAGGUGAGCUCUCUAGUGAGAGUGGGUCGGAUGAUUUGAUUGAAUCUGAGUCACUGGUGAAAAAUAACGGUGUUGUGAAGCAGGUAGAGAAUACAGCUCAAAGCCCUGUAGAAAAGAAGAGAAAGUUUUCACCAAUAGUAUGGGACAGAGAUGACCAUGAAAGAAGUAAUUUGAGCAGACAUGAUAAACCUGUUGAGGUCACUCCUCCUCCUCCCCCACCACCACUAAUCAAGAGCUCAAGCCAGUCAAAGAGUAACAUGCAUCAAGAUCCUGUGCAAGUUAGUGAUUCUACGGUUUCUGUGCCUGCUUUAUCACCUUCGGUAGAGAUGUCCUCUUUGUGUAUGGUAGAACAAUCAUCAAAUGCUGGGCAGGACUGCAAACAAGAGGAUGCAGCACACCUGGAAGAGGAGGAAAACAUGCCAACCAGGCAUAUAUCAUCCUCUAGGUGGGCAGCUGGCAACAGUUCUCCAACUGAUGAAGGUGAAGUAGUAGAAGAAGUGGGAGCAAACAAAAGGAGGAAGAAUCCCUUUCCAGCGCAGGGGAGAUUGCGCAAUAAGUCUCAAACACCUGAGGUCGGGGAGUUAGUGAGAGAAGGUUAUAGAUCAUCUGAUUCCGAUGAAAGGGGGCACCAUUCUUUGCCAAGAAGCAGAGAUGAUUUUAAGGAGAAGGAUGCUGUUAAGGGUGACAAGAUGGAUAUAGAUGAGGAGGAACACAGUAGAGGAAACUCUAGUUACAGCCUUAGUGAAACAGAUUCGGAUGAUGAAUAUGUUCGACAUGAGACACCUGAACCUGCCGGUAUCCCACUGAGAAGUAUAAACAUGCUCCAGGGUUGUAGAAGUGUUGAUGAAUUUGAGAGAUUAAAUAAGAUAGAUGAAGGUACUUAUGGUGUUGUUUAUAGAGCAAAGGAUAAGAAGACAGGCGAUAUAGUGGCAUUGAAGAAGGUGAAAAUGGAAAAAGAAAGAGAAGGCUUUCCAUUGACUUCUCUAAGGGAGAUUAAUAUACUUCUUUCGUUUCAUCAUCCAUCAAUAGUGGAUGUUAAAGAGGUGGUCGUGGGUAGUAGUCUUGAUAGCAUUUUUAUGGUGAUGGAAUACAUGGAGCAUGAUCUUAAAGCAUUGAUGGAGUCAAUGAAGCAGCGUUUCAGUCAGAGUGAAGUUAAAUGCUUAAUGCUUCAACUUUUAGAGGGCGUCAAGUAUCUUCACGACAACUGGGUGCUUCAUCGAGAUUUGAAAACAUCUAAUCUGCUUUUAAACAAUCGGGGUGAGUUGAAGAUAUGUGACUUUGGUUUGGCUCGGCAAUAUGGCAGCCCGCUGAAGCCGUAUACUCAUCUGGUUGUUACGCUUUGGUACAGGGCACCUGAACUUCUCUUGGGAGCCAAACAAUAUUCUACGGCCAUUGACAUGUGGUCACUGGGCUGUAUCAUGGCAGAACUAUUAUCGAAGGCGCCAUUGUUCAAUGGGAAAACGGAGUUUGAUCAACUUGACAAGAUUUUCAGAAUCCUUGGUACUCCCAAUGAAGCCAUUUGGCCUGGGUUCUCCAAGCUGCCUGGAGUCAAGGUCAACUUUGUCAAGCAUCAGUAUAACCUAUUACGUAAGAAAUUCCCAGCCACUUCAUUCACUGGCGCCCCAGUUCUGUCCGAUGCUGGGUUUGACCUGCUGAACAAGCUCCUAACGUAUGAUCCUGAGAGGAGAAUAACUGUUGAUGAAGCUCUAAAGCAUGAUUGGUUCCGUGAAGUCCCUCUGCCAAAAUCGAAAGAUUUUAUGCCUACUUUCCCUGCUCAACAUGCCCAAGACAGGCGUGGGAGGAGAAUGGUAAAGAGCCCUGAUCCUUUGGAAGAGCAACGUAGGAAGGAAUUAACACAAGCUGAACUUGGGUCUGGUGGUCUGUUUGGCUGAAGUGUCGCGCACCUGUUGAAGAUAGCAUUUGGAAUACAACCUUGAUACUCUCAAUUACCUCGAAACUACCACAAUUAGGCGAGGGCUACUGCUUAAGCGGAGGUUGGAACAUUUGUAUCUCAGAAUAUCAUUUAUGCUUUCUUUACUCACUUUGAGGGUCCAUGGUGAUUUGUGAAGGUGAUUUUCCUCCUAUCGCCACCGAGAAUCCUUGCAGGUUUAAUGUGUUCACAAGCUAGGCUGGUCAGUUAGUAGUGCUAUGGCUUUCUGACAGUGCUUGUUCUGUAAGGUGUGGCAUGAUAAUAAAAACUCAUUUCCUACUGAAACUUAUGUAUGUAGCAUAGUGUUAUUGAAAAGUGACCUUUUGUUGACUACUAUGAGGGAGAACCUAUUCUUUUUCCCCGACAAUUCUCUUUAUCUGCCAUGUUUUUAUUAGUAUAUAUAAUAUUGACAUUGUGUUUGCAAGAAA